AGACUCCACCGAUGAUCAGCUCAACAUGAACACAUCGACCGACGACAUGAUCCCCAUCAUAACGGACGAGCUGAACCCUUCAUUACGUAACCGAAUUAUCCGAGUCAUCAAAGAUUUCGUUCUCUUCCCGACGCGCGUGAGAGUUAUCGCUUCGGGUUUCACCUUACUCUGGCUCGCUUACUGCUGGUCAAUGAUCACGUUUGGUUUAACCAAUGACCAUUAUUGUCCUGCAGAGCCGAACUUGUCCAACUCGAUUGCGCUUCACGGUGUGUUUUGGGUUGUCGUGUGUUGUUAUGUAAUAGUUCGCCUUAUAUGGACUGAAGUGAUGCCGGACAAACAGCCAACCUGUUCUUUCAAAGUGGGAAACCCCUCAGUGGCACUCAGGUGGAAAAAAGAGUACAGUUUUGGGUUUGAUUCGGUCGUGCUGCUCCUUCUGUUGACCAGUUAUAUCUACAACAUGAUUUACCUUGUGAGGUUGCUAGAAAAGAAACCAUAUUUGGUUCACGCACCACACAGACAGUGGCUUACGACUUGUAAGCAGAAGUACCAGACUGACAACUGCUGUCGCCGCUUCCUGGUGGAGUAUGCCAUCUCCCAGCAAGUCAUCUCCUACAUCGGUAUUGCACUCCUCUCCAUCUGCUACCUGUACAUCAUGGGUUUCAUCUCCUUCUUACAGAGCCGCAUCUGCUUCAAACGAUUCAACGCUGAUCAGGCAGAAACUGUACCGCUUGUGUGAACACUUCUUCCCUAAAUAUGCACAUAGCGAAACACUUCUGCGGAAGGAGUAAGAGUUCCGUAAAAAUUGAGUAUCUCUUUUUUGGACAAUCGGAUCCGGAUUAUUGUGUUUCGUUAUUUCGCAUCUCAUAUUUUGGGUGAUAUUCUAUGGAAACUUUAUUGGUCUUAAACGUCAUCGAUUACCCACAGUUAUGAAUCUCUGAUAGUUUAAUUAGAGCCAUCAUUUCAAACCUGCUCUAGUGCUGAAUCAGUGCUAACCCAGGGCUGUUCCGAAAAUAUAUAUAUUUCCCGAAAUACUAAAAUUUAACGAGAAACCCUUUACUAAAGGGAAAAGGUUAAAAAUUUUUCAUGAAGGUUGUGACCUUAAAUGGUAAUCAGUAAGGCAAUUUUCCCUUUCGAAGUGUACAGUUUCAGGAUGAUCUGUUCAUAGGUUUUUGGCGGUUUUUAAUAUCUGUUUCAUUUUGGCUGGUUUUCCAGGCACGUGGUUUGUCACGUCGUCAAAAAUUAGACCGGUUUAUGUUAAAUCCAUAUCAAACGCGUCAAUUUGGUUUUUGUGUGGAAAAGUUUUUUGCAAUUGGAAGUAAUGUGGCAUAACUUUGAUAUUCCCAAAGUUCUCUUCUUUGAUUUUUGAACAGCCCUAGGAAUUCAACAAAGUAUCCAUUGUGCUAGUAGCUUUUCUUUCAUUUGUAGGUGAUAAAUUACAAUAGGUGGUUAGUUAAAGUUAAAUAGCUGUCUCGCUUUUUGUUGUACUUCGAACAGUAUUUAUAAUUUAUU